UCGAAAGUUUCGGCAUUUUUGUUGACAUUCUGCAAGAUUUUGCAAAAAAAUCUUAUUUCCUGGUGCCAUAAUAAUGGAUUUCACAAUACAUUUGGUACUACUCUUGCUGAGCUCCCUCCUGAAUGGAAUCUUCUGCCUACAGAAAGAAUUUACCAUCGUCAUUACGCCGGGAGGAAGAGAUUGCUUCUACGAAAAUGCACAGGCUGAUCAAACGGUAGAUCUCGAAUAUCAGGUGAUUGACGGUUCCCACGGAGAUUUUGAUAUCAGCUUCGAACUGGCCGACUCUUCAGGAAGGCUUAUUUUCGCCGACUACAAAAAGUCGGACAACAUCCAUCGAUACAAACUAACGCACGAUACGGAGCUGACGUUCUGCUUUAGCAAUGAAUUUAGCCGAGUGAACAGCAAGACGGUAUUCUUUGAAAUUAUCAUUGAGAAUGAAGACGAGGAUGCAGGUUGGAGUAAUUUUGACAUUCUCGAAGGACUUAGUCCGGAGGAGUUUUAUGACAUGAAAGUUCAGGAUGUACAGGACGUAAUCAAACGCGUAAGGAACAAUCUUACGAAGGCUAGACAAUUUCAGGAUGUACUCCGAUCGCACGAGGCCCGCGACCGGAAUAUGGCCGAAGAGAAUUAUUUCAAGGUAAAUGCUUGGUCAUUUUUCCAAAUUAUUAUAAUGAUUUGCGUAGGUUUCUGUCAAGUCGUAAUGGUAAAAAGUCUCUUUGAUACUGAUUCCAAGGCGCACAAGAUUUGGACUAAAAAGUGAACUUUUGAUUCGCUCUUUUGCCGGGAAAGGUCGAUUUCCCAAUACAACAGUCAAAUUUCUCUCUUCCUAUUUAUAUAUAACGUUUUUUUUUUUACCGAUUAGAAUUAGGUGCUAUUUGAAUAACACUUGCGACAACAAUUAGAGAAGAAAUCUUACAAAUACCAAAGGAACAUUAAGACAACGAUCGAAUCGCUAAAUAUAUUGGAUCGGUUUU